AUGGGAGUUUUUCCCCUUGGGGCACGGCUGUCACAAAGUGAAGAACAUGUAAAGAAGCUGAUGGAUGUAAGAAAACUACUAUCCGCGUACAUUGGGCGGGCACCAGAGAUGAACCACGAAAAAGAGAAGGGAAGGCCUCAGAUUGCCUGGGAAGAAGUACAUGACAAGACUCAGAACAUGAUUAAAAUAAAAGGAGAGUUACAGACCACCAAAGAAGACAUAAGGCUAGUGACGAAUACGCUGGAGAGAAACAGGUUGAUGAGCAGCCUAAAUAAUAAGCUGCGGACUCUGCAAGGUGACAUACAAAGUCUACAUGAAAUGUGCAGGAACCAAGGAAGGACCUUGGAAAUAAAGGAACUCUCCAUUCAUGAGAUGGAAAGCAGCAUCAGCCUGAAGCAACAAAGCCAAUCUGUUAGCGCAUCACAGCUACAAGCAGAGUCUGGGUGCUGUAACCAGACCCGUCAGAUACAACUCCAUCAGCUAAACAAAAAGUUGCUGGCUCUUCAGCAGGAACUGGAGAUUCGCACAGAAGAAUUACAGUCUUCUUACUGCUCACUCUUGCAAUAUCAGUCCAUCCUGGAUAAGCAAACCUGUGACCUGGAAAUGCUUCACCAACACUGCCAGAUGAAGGAGGAUGAGGUUACAAUCUAUGAGGAAGAGAUGGAAAAGAACAAGGAAGAUAACAAAAGGCUUCAGGAGAAGCUCCAAAUAUCUCAGGAACAACUUGCCUUGGCUGAAAACAGGAUCAUCUCCCUGGAAAGCAGUUUAAAUCUGUACAAGGAGAAGUAUCAGGCAGCCGAGAAGAGCCUCGAAUUGCUGGAGUGCCAAAUGAAGGCCUUAGAAGGAGAUGUCAAAAUCAUCUCCGUUCAGGAGGAAGAUGGCAAGGGGGAUCAGCCAAAGGAAAGAAUGGCAGAAUAUUUAAUCUAUGAGCUGAAGGAGACCCAGAAGCGUUUGCAUGAUGCUUUGCAAAAUGGCUCUGAACAGGAAGACACGCUUCAGGAGCUCCGCCAUAAGCUCUUUUGCAGCAAUCUUAAAAUAUUGGAUCAUGAAGAAACUCUGAUAAAAUUAGAAGUGGAUUUUGCUACCUAUAGAAUGUCCCACAGACAACUUUUCUGCCCUCCAGAUGAGUCAGAGGAUAUCAAACAGAUCUUAGCACAUAUUGAGGAGCAGUGUGAAUACCAAUGCAUCCGGGUAGAAGAGUACCAGUACCUCCUGAAGGACAUGAAGAAGGAACUAGAAAAAGUAUCAGAACAGAAGAAGAAGAUCAUGAAGGACCUCAUGAAGCUGGAGUUAGAUAUGCACAACCUUCUGCAAGAGACAGCCACCCAAACUGAGUGGAAGGAUAGAGAAGCGAAGGACCUGAAGAAACACAUUAGGAAUCUGGAGGGCCAGCUGAAAGAAUGCCAGAACCUCUGUUUGGAGAAGGAAAAGGUCAUUCAGAAGAAAGAUGAAGCCCUAUCCCAAACUAAUCAGGAAAUAAUUCAGGUGCAACAUGCUCUUGAUGCAAAGGACUCAGAUAUAGAGAAGCAAAAAGCCAGAGUAGAAGAGGUAGAGCAUGCCCUCCAGAAGGUGAAGGAGAAGAAGGAAAAAAGCGAGACCCAGAAUGCUGCCCUGGACGCUAAGGUCCAGCAGCUGCAGCAUAACCUGAAUGAGGCCCACCAAGGACAGCUGCUAUUGGCUCAGAAGCUGUCAUGCGUUGAUAAACAGACAUCUAUGCUAAAGGAUAACCUAGACUGUACCCAGCGGAAGCUGGAAGAUAAGAUAGCUGAGAACAUGGAAAAGAAAGAGCUUAUCGACAAGCUUUCCAGUGAGCUCAAAGGACAUCAGAAAGAUAAAUCCACACUAGUGGAUCUACUGGAAACAGAAAGAAAGAAUAUUGAAAUGCUGACGUCAGAACUUGAAGUAUCCAAUAGGAAACACCAUGAUGCAGAAAAGGAGAUCACAGAACUUCAGAAAUCAGUGGAUGAUAUGAAACCACAGCUGUGUAAAAGCCAGGAGAAGAUGAAGGAACUUAUAGACGAGCUUGAGGAGGAAUGUUAUAUUAAUCAGAGUCUGCGAAAACAACUGAAACAGCUAGAGAGGGAGCGAGAGAACCACCAGGACUUGAGACUAGCGUGGAAAAACCAGGAGAAGGAGCUAAAGGACAAAAUUGAGACACUCAAGAAGGAAAUCCAAGACAAUAAGAAACUGGUGAGAAAUAUUAUGCAGGGAACUGAGGAGAUGGAGAAACUGAGUGUCCUUGAACAUCAGGUCAAGAAUCUUCGGGAUCAGCAGAAACAUCCUUCACAGCAGAGCAGAACUCAGAACAAGCUCGAGACUGUUAUGACAUUGCAUCUCUCUGAAGAGGACUCACAUACAAGCAAGCUCAGUGCUGCUGAAAGCCUCAUCCAACAGCAGGCAGAACAGGAGGAGGACAGAUCGAAUGAACCUGAGGAUGCAGAUGAGAACGAGUGUCUACAGGAGUUAUCUAGAAGGAAGCUCAGAGCUGCUGAGAAGGUCCAACAGCAGGAUGAAAAGGUGAGCAGACCCAAGAGCACCACACUGGUAGAGAAAGGGGACAGCUCUGGACAAUCAUUCUGCAAUCUAGCCACCUGUCCUUUGACACAGAUGUAUCACUCUCCACAGCAAGAAAGAUUGAAUGAGCUCGAAGAUGAGAACCAGAGCCUCAGGGAUAAGAUGCAAUAUUAUUCAUUACAACUGGAAUCUACUACAAUCAAGUUUGCUUGUGCUGAGAAGAUCCAAGAGCAGGCAGAAAAGGAAAAGGAGAGACUGAAUAAGCUCGAGGAUGAAAACCAGUAUCUCAGGGAUCAGAUGCAAUAUUAUUCUUUGCAACUUGACUCAGCUACAAAAAAGAUCAGUGUUAUUGAAAAGAUCCAAGAGCAAGCAGAAAAGGAGAAAGCCAGAUUGAAUGAGCUUGAGAAUGAGAACCAGUGUCUCCAGGAUAAGAUGCAAUGUUAUUCAUCACAACUGAAUUCAGCUACAAGGAAACUCAAUGCUGCUGAGAAACAGAUCGAAGAGCAGGCAGAAAAGGAGAAAGCCAGAUUGAAUGAGCUUGAGGACGAGAACCAGUGUCUCCGGAAUAAGAUGCAAUGUUAUUUAUCACAACUGGACUCAGCUACAAGGAAACUCAGUGCUGCUGAGAAGCACAUCCAACAGCAGGCAGAAAAGCAGGAGAAGAAUAGAUGCUAUGAGCCCGAGGAGGACAACCAGUGUCUGAUGGAUAAGAGGCCAUUAUACCAAGACUUAUUUACAAGAAAAUGUAGUUCUUCUGAGGAGAAUAUCCAACAGCAGGCAGAAAAGGAGAAGGAGAAAGUAUGUAAGCUAGAGCUGGAGAACGAGAUCCUCCGGGAUGCACUGAAACGUUGUACGAAGCAAUUGGAGUCAGCUACAAACAAGCUCGAGACUACUAAGGAGGCAACCAAGGUGAAGGAAAAUGAGGAGCAAAAGAACAACCUCAAAAAUACUCACUCCUGCCUGGAGUCAGCUCGAAAGUCGUCAAACCAAGACAAACUGAAGGAGGCUCUAGAGAAGCUCACUCAGGCCAAGCUGGAGGCAGCCUCGCUUCGCCAAGAGUUACAGAACACCCAGCAAAAGAAGUCUCAGCUGGAGGAGGAGACAUGCGCUUAUAAGCACCGCAUGAAAAAGCUCAACGGGGAGCUGAGGAAGCUCCAGGACUUUCACCAGCAGAGUGAGAAAGAGGUCGAUGCCUUCAUUCAGCAGAUAGAAGAUAUGAAUUAUCAGUUGGCCUUCUGGCAAAAGACACAUGAGAAUGACCUCCAGUUCUUGGCAGCCAAAGAUGAGCAGCUUGUGGUCUUCAAAGUGGAAAUGGCCUCCCUCAAGGAGAACCUGCGGGAAGAAGAGAAAAAGCCCCCCACUAGCCUGGGACCUAAGAAUAAGCCACGGGAGGUAGAAGCCCUUCGGAACACCCUGGAGAGUGCUCAGAAGGACACCCGGAGAUUUCACCAGGAGAAUGAAAUGGUUGCAUCUGAUGUACAUCAGUGGGUGAAAGAACAAAAAGAUAACACAGAGAAAUUAGGAUCCAAGAUCCGAGAACAAGUCAAAUGCAUUUCUCAACUGGCUGGUGAAAAGGACCAUCUCCACAACGUGAUGGUCCAUUUGCAGCAUGAAAACAAGAAGCUGAGGAAAGAAAUAGAUGACAGGCGCCAACAAAAUGAGCAUCUGAUGGCUCAUGACAGUCAGGUGCCCCAGCCCUGCCCUCCCUGA